AACUUGGUUUCCUCCCUCUUCUCCGGCAGAUCGAUCCGAAUCUGCGAGAUGGCUCCACCGGCUGAAGCUCCGGCCAACAAGGAGGCGACCCCCAAGAAGACGCCGGCGCUCAACGAGCGGAUCCUCUCCUCCAUCUCGCGCCGCUCCGUCGCCGCCCACCCGUGGCACGACCUCGAGAUCGGCCCCGACGCGCCCACCAUCUUCAACUGCGUGAUCGAGAUCCCCAAGGGCAGCAAGGUCAAGUACGAGCUGGACAAGAAGACGGGGCUCAUCAAGGUCGACCGCGUGCUCUACUCCUCCGUCGUCUACCCGCACAACUACGGCUUCAUCCCGCGCACGCUCUGCGACGACAGCGACCCCAUCGACGUCCUCGUCAUCAUGCAGGAGCCCGUCGUGCCCGGCUGCUUCCUCAGGGCAAAGGCAAUCGGCCUCAUGCCCAUGAUCGACCAGGGCGAGGCUGACGACAAGAUCAUCGCCGUCUGCGCCGACGACCCCGAGUACAGGCACUUCAACGACAUCAAGGAGCUCCCGCCCCACCGCCUCGCUGAGAUCAGGCGCUUCUUCGAGGACUACAAGAAGAAUGAGAACAAGGAGGUGGCCGUCAACGACUUCCUGCCUUCAGAAGAUGCCUACGAGGCCAUCCAGCAUUCCAUGGAUCUGUAUGCUACCUACAUCUGCGAGGGCCUCAGACGGUAGGAGGAUCUCUCUAUGCUGCCUGAUGAUCUCAGCCGGUGCCUUGCCCGCCUGCUGGAGGAUGUUGACGAAAAGUUGAUGUGGAGAUGUUACCUUGUCAUAUAAACAUACAUUCUUAUUUUGUGUUACCUAUAUAUAUACACUAGUGGUAUAUGAGCUUGCCUUGAAUUAAGGCAGUAGGCCAGAUCAAGAAGACAUUUUUUCUUCCAGCUACCAUGUGGAAUAUGAUUUCCUGGCCGGUCGCCUGAAUAUGAGAUGUUGGUACAUUUUUUCCCCACUCUGAAUCUACUGCUGAAUCGUUU